AUGCAGGACCAUCUCCAAGUUACUUUUGGCCCGAGCUAUCGCGUCAACGGCCUCACCACGUCGUCGUCCCUCCUCCUCGACGACAUCGCCCUUGCCGCCGCCAUCCGCCAGUACCAGGGCAACAGCACCGGCAAUGCUCAUCAAUCCGUCCAAAUGACAUUAUUGCCUGGUAUAAAAGUUUCCCCACAGCACCUCCUCGGCGGCUUCUCCAACCGCGCGCUUGCAGGCCCCUCGCCAGCUACCCUGCCGACUGGCCCAAGAUUGAUGAGCCUCCUCGUCCAUCAGCUUCCUGGCUCCGCUACCAAAAGCACCUCGGGCUCCGACCCCCAACGACGGCCACCGGUACGCCACCAUGGGCGCCGCGCUGUGCAUACCCCGAUCCCGCGGCAACAUCACCAACAUCAGCUCGAGCGACAACGCCGUCCAGCCCGUCAUCAACCCGCCAACUUCUUCGCCGACCCGGCCGACGUCGAGGUCGCUGUCGCCGCCCCUGCCAUAUGUGUCAGUCGCUGCCCCGAGGGGGGAAAUGCCAGCUUGGCAAUCAUGGCCGCCAGUAUCGGCCGCACUUAG